CACUCCAAAUAUUUCAAUAUCUUAAAGCAAUUACCAUCUUUGAUCAUGGCUGAAGCGCUUGUCUCCACAAUCCUAAGGCAAUUGGCUUCACUAGCCGCUGAAGAGGUGAAACUUCUUGCUUGUGCCGACAAAGCAGUGGGAAAGCUCACCAGCAAUUUCCAGGCCAUUCAAGCUGUGCUUGAAGAUGCGGAGAGCAGGCAAAUGAAGGAGAAGAGGGUGGGAGAUUGGUUAAAUAAGCUCAAAGAUGUUUCAUAUGACAUUGAGGAUGUGUUGGAUGAGUGGAUCACUGCAAGUAGAAAAUUACAAAUGAAGGAAGCUGAAAAUGCUUCCAAGCUUUGGAAAAAGGCACUGCCAGAUCAAAUUCUUCAAACACCAACACUGCAGCAAUUAGAGAUUGAUUGCCCUUCUCGGAAACGUUACAAGGAGACAGGAGAUGAUAGGAGCAGAUCGCUCACAUUCCAAAAGUCUCUUCAUGAGCCGUGUGUACCUAUGCGAUUCCGAUUGGUAAUGGAGGACUUGGAGCCAUGGUGUGGGGUGAUGUUGCUUCAGAGACUGUCACUAAUGGGAAAGUAA